CGGCAAUCCACUGACCCUCGCUUCUACAGAUGGCAGGCCACGUGCAUAGCCACCACCACCGCUGUCGCCGCCCAGGCUAUAAUAUGAAGCUGCGAGUUGUGUACGCUGAUUUGUGUUUGCUGUUGUUGUUGGUGUUGUUUUCCGAAGGAUUGCAGGGAGAAAAUAACUUUGUGCUGCAGAGACAGAACCGAGAGGGACAUUUCGACCAAAAUGUCACUUCCUCGCCCGCCAUCUGCCAUGCCGACCUCGAGUGAAGAACCGUCUGUUCUCACUCGGCCUGAGCUCCAGUCCGGCUGAAGCCCUCCGAUUGAGGAGGACGAGGUGGAGACCCUCGGUUAGAGGAAGAACGGAACCCACGGACGGCCCGCGCCGUCACCCGCUCCGCCGCCACCAUCGCCGCCGCCGCCACCGCCAUGCCUCGCGCCAGGGCCUUCUCAGAGCCCGAGUACUCGGCCGAGUACUCGGCGGACUACUCGGUGAGCCUCCCGUCGGACCCGGGCACGGGCGUGGAGCAGAACCGCGAGGUGACCGUGCGCAGCACGGGCUGCUGCCUGUGCCUGCCGCGUUUCAUGCGCCUCACCUUCAGGCCCGAGUCGCUGGAGAACCUCUACCAGACGUACUUCCGGCGCCAGAGGCACGACACGCUGCUCGUGCUCGUGGCCUUCGCGGCCCUCUUCGACUGCUACGUAAUCGUCAUGUGCGCCGUCAUCUACACCGACGACAAGCUGGCCUCCGUGGCGGUGGCGGCCGUGGGCCGGGCCGCCAACACACUGCUGCUGCUUCUCUGCUGGUUCCGGGCACUGCCCGACCGCAUCCUGCCAAAGUUCAUCCCCUACACGCUGUGGAUCCUCAUCGGGGCGCAGAUCUUCUGCUACCUGGGCCUGAGCUUCUCGCGCUUCCACGAGGCGAGCGACACGGUGGACUGGCAAGCCUUCUUCACCUUCGCCUUCUUCCUCACGCUGCCGCUGCGCCUCACGCCCAUCGUGCUCAUGAGCGCCGUGUCGUGCGGCAUCCACACGCUCGUGCUGGGCGUCACCAUCGCCCAACAGCAGCAGCAGCAGGUCGAGGACGCCGAGCUCAUCGUGCAGCUGCUGGCGAACGUCGCCAUCUACAUGUGCGCCAUCAUCGUGGGCAUCAUCUCCUACUUCAUGGCCGACCGCAAACACCGCAAGGCCUUCCUGGAGGCGCGGCAGUCUCUGGAGGUGAAGCUUAACCUGGAGGAGCAGAGUCGACAGCAGGAGAAGCUGCUCCUGUCCAUCCUCCCCAAGCACAUCGCUGACGAGAUGCUCAAGGACAUGAAAAAGGACAAGAAGUUGAAGGAGCAGCAGCAGUUCAACACCAUGUACAUGUACCGGCACGAGAACGUCAGCAUCCUGUUUGCGGACAUCGUGGGCUUCACGCAGCUUUCGUCGGCGUGCAGCGCGCACGAGCUCGUCAAGCUGCUCAAUGAGCUCUUCGCGAGGUUCGACAAGCUGGCCGCGACGUACUCACAGCUGCGUAUCAAGAUCCUGGGCGACUGCUACUACUGCAUCUGCGGGGUCCCCGAGUUCCGCGAGGACCACGCGGCCUGCUGCAUCUACAUGGGGCUCGCCAUGGUCAACGCCAUCUCCUACGUGCGCGAGAAGACCAAGACGGACGUGAACAUGCGUGUGGGCAUCCACACGGGCGCCGUGCUGGGCGGGGUCCUUGGACAGAAGAAGUGGCAGUUCGACGUCUGGUCCACGGACGUGACGCUGGCCAACAAGAUGGAGGCCGGCGGCAUCCCGGGGCGCGUGCACAUCUCCCAGGUGACGUUCGAGUGCCUCAAGGGCGAGUUCGAGGUGGAGCCGGGCGACGGCGGAGCGAGGAACGAGUACCUCCGCGAGAAGGGCAUCGUCACCUACCUCGUGGUGCCGCCCAGCCCGCCGCCCCGCAACGGCAUCAACGGCGUCAAGCUGUCGCUGACGUCGUGCGACGAGACUUCCCCCAAGCUCAUCAACACCACGGAGUGGAGCGGCGCACUGCAGGCCAACCUCACACCCGAGAGGGACGAACUCGACUCGCGGGUGGUGAACCCCUCCUUCCCCAACCCGCGGCGGAGGCUGCGCCUGCGCGACCUAGCGGUGCGGGUGAUCGACGCGCAGCAGAACGAGCAGGAGCUCAACCGGCUCCUCAACGAGGCGCUGAUCGAGCGCGAGACGGCACGAGCGCUGAAGGGCAAGUACACAAACCGCGUGUCAAUGCGCUUCGUGGACCCCGCGCUCGAGACGCGCUUCUCCGUCGAGAAGGAGAAGCAAAGCGGCGCCGCCAUCAGCUGCUCGUGCGUCGUGCUGCUCUUCUCCUUCAUCGUCGAGCUCUGCCUUGACCCACGGUUGCCCGCUAACUUCAUCACCUUUGUGGCUGGAGUCGUGAUGCUCAUCGUCCUCACCGUCUGCUGCCUCGCUGCCAUCUUUCCUCGGGCGUACCCUGCCAGGCUGGUUCGCUUCUCGGCGUGGCUCGACCGCACGCGCUGGGCACGCAACAGCUGGGCCAUGGCAGCCAUCGUGGUUCUUGUGGUGGCCGACGUCAUCGACAUCCUGAGCUGCUAUGGGGGUCAGGCACUGCUGCCCCAGAUGCUGGGCUGCCUGCGCUACCCCAAGUACUACUCGUUCAUCGCAGUGCUUGCACUCAUGGCCACCAGCAUGCUCGUGCAGGUCAGCCACAUGGUGAAGAUCACGCUGAUGCUGAGCGUUUCGAUCGUGUGGGGUCUCAUCAACACGGUGGCGUGGAAACAGCUGUACAAAGCCUACGACGAGGCGCGCUACCACGACACCAUAGACACGGUGGUGCCCACACAGUACUCCAUGACGGCCAUGAUCCUGGUGAUCAUGAUCAGCCUCUACUGCUUCAACCGGCACGUGGAGAAGCUGGCCCGCACGCUGUUCCUGUGGAAGAUGGACGUGCACGAGCAGAAGGACCGCGUGAGUGAGAUGCGGCGCCGCAACGAGGCCCUCGUCACCAACAUCCUGCCCGAGCACGUGGCGCGCCACUUCCUCGGCUCCAAGAAGCGCGACGAGGAGCUGUACAGCCACUCGUACAACGAGGUGGGCGUCAUGUUCGCUUCCAUCCCCAACUUCUCCGACUUCUACACGGAGGAGAACAUCAACAAUGGCGGAAUCGAGUGCCUGCGCUUCCUCAAUGAGAUCAUCUCCGACUUCGACGCCCUGCUGGACGAGCCGAAGUUCAAGAACAUCACAAAGAUCAAGACGAUCGGCAGCACCUACAUGGCGGCCUCGGGGCUCAACCACGACACGGCCAGCAACGGCUACCACACAGGCGCCAAGAAGGACGCGGAGCUCUCGGACCGGGAUCGCUGGCAACACCUCUCCGACCUCGCCGACUUUGUCCUGGCCAUGAAGGUGGCGCUGAUGAACAUCAACUACCAGUCCUUCAACAACUUCAUGCUGAGGAUAGGCCUCAACAAGGGCCCCGUGCUCGCCGGGGUGAUCGGCGCCCGGAAGCCGCACUACGACAUCUGGGGGAACACGGUGAACGUGGCGAGCCGCAUGGAGUCCACCGGCCAGAUCGGCAACAUUCAGGUCGUGGAGGAGACGUACCUGGUGCUCAAGGACUACGGCUUCCGCUUCGUCCGCCGGGGCCCCGUGUUCGUGAAGGGCAAGGGCGAGCUCAUCACCUACAUCCUCAAGGGCCGCGAGAAGCAGGGCUCCUUCAUCAACGGCUCUGCCAUGAGCCUCCCGCACCAGGUGAUGGAGAACGCCUGAAAGUGCCGCGCUCGCCGCUUUGAGAAACCAAACGACAACGACAGAGAGACUCGCUCCUCGCUCGCCCCCCCUUUCCCGACGGCUCGCACAGCCCCGCUGCCUUGACCGCCGAGCGGGUUGUGGCCUGCGGGUUUUGCGGAUCGCGACGGGGUGGCGGCCGGAGGGACGCUUGGGAACCCAACGGCCGGCGGAGGAGGAGGUUUGAACCGCCCGCCCGCCAGGCUGGCGUCUGCAAGCAGUGAGGCCCGAGAGCGAGGAGGGCUCGCCACGCAGGAACGAUCGAUUCGUAUAUAUAUUUUAAGGGAAAUCGCGAUGUUGGAGAUAAAACCGGCUGGCUGAACGAGAACGGCUCUAGAAGACACCGCGGAACGAGCGCCCGGACGAGAACGACGCCGAAGAGGAGAGAGGACGCCGCGGGGCCGAGGGACACCGCGGGGGAGUGCUGACCGUUGGCUUCGCGCUGCCGUUCCGGCGAGGACGCCAUUGGUCGAUUCUGCCUGCCUAGAAUUCUGCCCGAGAUGAGGGGCCGCUGCGUGCUUUAUAUAAAUAAACAAAUAUAUAUUGGACUUGGUAGCAGCUGUACAGUACACGUAAAACAAACUGCAUAGGAUCAGUUUCCCUUCCGUUUUUAUUUCCCUCUCCGCGUCUUCUCCGGCGUCCGGUGCGGGCUGCGCUCAGGAUGUGGAAACCUUCACAGUAUUUUCAUCCCUGCGAAAGGGAUUUACCUAAAAAGUGGUGGGAGG